AUGCUGAUCAAAGAAUACCGUAUACCACUCCCGCUCAGUGUGGAAGAGUACAGAAUAGCUCAGCUUUAUAUGAUAGCUAAAAAAAGUAGAGAAGAGAGCAAAGGAGCUGAUAGUGGAGUUGAAAUAUUAGUUAACGAACCUUAUGAAGGUGGCCCUGGUGGCGAUGGAAAUACUGGUGGUGGACAGUAUACAAGAAAAAUUUAUCAUGUUGGGAGCCACUUACCAGGCUGGUUUAAAGGACUAUUACCAAAAUCUGCAUUAUCCGUUGAAGAAGAAGCGUGGAAUGCAUAUCCAUACACAAAAACUCGAUAUACUUGCCCAUUUGUAGAAAAAUUUUCAUUAGAAAUUGAAACUUAUUAUUACCCUGAUAAUGGAACUCAUGAUAAUGUCUUCAAAAUGUCUCAAAGUGAAGUUCGAAAUGUUUCUGUUGAUAUAAUAGACAUAGUUAAGGACCAAUUAUAUGGGGCAGAUUACAUUAAAGAAGAAGAUCCAAAAUCGUAUGUAAGUGAUAAAACAGGUCGAGGCCCACUAUCAGAAAAUUGGAUAUCAGAAUACUGGAAAGAAUGUCAAAAUAAAAGUAUGCCCACAUCGUCAGGAAAAUCUAUUAUGUGUGCAUACAAAUUGUGCAAAGUAGAAUUUCGUUAUUGGGGUAUGCAGACAAAAAUUGAAAAAUUCAUUCAUGAAGUUGCUCUGAGGAAAACUAUGGUUAGAGCACAUCGUCAAGCAUGGGCAUGGCAAGAUGAAUGGGUAAAUCUAACAAUGGAUGAUAUACGUCAAAUUGAGCGUCAAACUCAAGAAGCUCUUAAACGAAAAAUGGGUAGUAGUAGCAGUGGCUCUGAGAUUUGUGAAGGAAAUGACACUGUAGAUGAUACAAAAACUGCCACUAAUUUAGCUGCCACAAUGGGUAGUAUAGAAAAAAGUGAUUUAGAAGUAGCCACACCUGUUACGUCAAAACGAAUGCAAGAUUCAACCCUAUAUUCUCCAGCACCAUGUGUUUCUAGCAGUUCUGAUACCAUAUCAAGCAGUAUUCAACAAUCAUCAAGCAUGCGGAUACCUGUGAAAAAGAAUUGGAAUAAUCCCAAAUCACAAAUACCUUCACCAGGAUCUACUCAAAGUUUUGAUACUGCGCCUAAUUGGAGAAUGGAAAGUUUGAUUCGAGAUUCAGAUUCAGAUCUGAGUAAUGACGAUGAAUUUUUUGAUUGUCAAGAAACUUUACCAACUUCAGAAAUUGUUUCUCUCUCUAAAUGGAGUUCUUUAACAAUACUAAAUGAACAAGAAUAUGAUUCGUCCAGUAUUCCCGACAAAGAAGAAGAUAGUAUAUUUUCUCCUACAUAUAAAAAGUCUUCUCCUUUUAUUCAGCGUGGUCACAGUGUUGAUACAUGUCCAGGUUCACCAGUAAUUAGUAAAGAAAACAAUUGUCAAAUAAGUACACUUUUGAUGAUUAUACAUUCCGGCAGUGUACUAGAUGCUAAUUCCGAUAUUAUGGCAAAGAAAUCAGAUUUCACUACAUUUAGGGGAGCAUUUGAAUCAGUCAUGCGACAACACUACCCAAAUAUGAUUGGUCAUGUUGCAAUGAGACUUAUUCCUUGUCCGUCUAUAUGUGCUGAAGGACUUAGCGUAUUAUCAAAGUUGAGUCCUUACAGUUUUGAUGUAUCUCCAUCUGGUAUGGAAUGCACAAAUAUUACCCAUGAUUCCGUCCCAAUAGGUGCUAUUCCUAUACUAGCAGGCUGCUCGCAUGAUUAUAAAGACAUAGUGUCUAAUGUUAUCCGUAUGGCAAAUCAAGUUUAUCGAGAAUUUAUAAAGUCAGAUGAAGGUUUUGGAUUCAAUGGCCGAGUUUAUUUCAUAGGAGAUUCUAUGGGAUCUGUAAUAGGAUAUGAUGCUUUGUGUAGAAGUCCUGAUUCUCAUUCGUCACACGACGCAAGUAGACACAGCACUCCAGAACAUGUGCCGAAAAAAAGUGACAAUGAUGAUUGCACUUCAGUAGGUAGUAUGGACUCUUCUUUUAAGGUUUUAGUUACUCCACCAGUUAGAAGAAGAUCAUCAUCCACAAGUGACAGUAAUGUAUGUUUGGACUUUGAAGUUAACGAAAUGUUUAUGUUUGCAUCUCCGUUGUCACUUGUAUUAGCAUUUAGAAAAAUUUCAGCGCAUAAAUAUGAUAAGUCAACUUCAAUUCAACGUCCAGCAUUACAACAAGUUUACAAUUUAUUUCAUCCAUCUGAUCCUAUUGCAUCUAGAUUAGAACCAUUAAUUUCUGCAAAAUUUUCAAUUCUGCCACCCGUUAACAUCCCACGAUAUCAGAAAUAUCCUCUUGGAACAGGACAACCAUAUUAUUUAUUAGAAGCAGUGCAAACAAAUCCUCAAUUGUUUACCGAGCACAAUCAUGCUAGGCGUACGUCUGAAGCAAGUAUUCUAAGUACAGUUUCUGGAAUAGCCGAUACACUUCCAAUUCAAGCAAUAAACAAAUUGACAAAAAAAUGGUGGGGUUCUAAGAGAUUGGACUAUGCUUUGUAUUGCCCUGACGGAUUGUCAAAUUUCCCUACAAAUGCUCUGCCUCAUAUAUUUCAUGCUAGCUAUUGGGAAUCCUCAGAUGUCAUUGCAUUUAUUUUAAGACAAUUUGCUAUAUUUGACUAUAAUAGUUCGAUUGGAAAUGAGGAAAAAGAACUGGCUACUUUUAGCCCCAGUCAGCCUAGAGAAAAAUGGCAGCGUAAAACGACUUUCAUUAAGAUAAAAAAUUCUACUGCAAGUCAUCGAGCAAAUGAUGUGAUAAUUCGAGAAGGUUUGUCACAGAUAAUUAGUGCUCGUUUUAUUUAUGGACCAUUUGAUAUGUUUUCAUUGGCUGGGGAAAAAGUUGAUAUCCAUAUAAUUAGAGAACCCGGUAAUGGUGAAUGGACACAUCUAACUACAGAAGAUUCAGAUAAAAAUGGACGAGUCACCUAUACAAUACCUGAAAAUAAAUCACUUGGAUUUGGAAUAUAUCCCGUUAAAAUGGUUGUUAGAGGAGAUCAUACUAGUGUAGAUUUUCUGUUAGCUAUUGUUCCGCCUCAAACUGAAACUGUUGUAUUCAGCAUAGAUGGAUCAUUUUCUGCCAGUGUCUCUGUUACUGGCCGUGACCCAAAAGUUCGACCAGGUGCUGUUGACAUAGUGAGACACUGGCAAGAAUUGGGCUAUUUAAUAGUCUAUAUUACUGGAAGACCAGAUAUGCAACAACAACGUGUUCUGUCAUGGUUGAGUCAACAUAACUUUCCUCAUGGACUAGUUUCGUUUGCUGAUGGUCUUUCUACAGACUUCCUUGCUCACAAAAUCACAUAUCUCAAAAGCCUUGUGCAGGAUCAUAAAAUGAUAAUACACGCGGCCUAUGGAAGUAGUAAAGAUAUUUCUGUCUAUAGUGCAUUGGAUCUGAAACCAAAACAAAUAUUCAUCAUAGGCAAAGUGGGUCGUAAACAUCACUCUAUGGCAACUGUGUUGAGUGAUGGUUAUGCUGCACAUUUAUCAGCCUUACAGUGUCACGGAGGAUCUAGGCCAGCUCAAGGAAAUGCUCGGAUGCUUUUGACCUCAAGAGGACGCUUCGGACAUAAUGCUUCAAUGAGACGUAGGAGAUCUGCAAAAAGGACAACAUCAUUUCCAAUUUGUUCGUUGACCAGAUCUACUAGCCGUAACAGAUACGAUAACCUUUGA